GUGCAGCAGCAUUAUGGGUAAUCAGACCGAAUUUCAGUUGUAAUUGUGGUAAUAGAAAGAGACCUUUCUUCUUUUCAUAAAAUAAAAGCAUCUCUCAGUGUGUAACAUUAUAAUAUUUAGAUGUGUUCCUGUGUGUUUCUAACCAGGAGCUGGAACACCAAGUCAUCACUCUGAUAAAGAAUGAGCUGAAGAGGUUUAGGAAACUCCUGAGUCCAGAUUACCCAGCAUGCCCUGAGAGGGAGGUGGAGGAUGAGGAGGAUCUGCACAGUGUCAGAGAGGAAGCGCUGAAGAUCACACUGCACGUCCUGAAGAACAUGAACAACACAGAUCUCGCUAACACUCUGCACAACAAGUCUGUGGCCUCUGUGUAUCAGACAGAGCUGAAAUCCAACCUGAGAGAGAAGUUUAAAAGAAUUAAUGAAGGAAUCUCACAGCAUGGAAGCUCAGCACUUCUGAAUGAGAUCUAUACAGAGCUCUACAUCACAGAGGGUUGGAGUGGAGACGUCAAUAAUGAACAUGAGGUGAGACAGGUUGAGACAGCGUCCAGGAGACCAGCAACACAGGAGACACCCAUCAAAUGUAACGAGCUCUUUAAAGACAAGUCCAUCAGAAGAGUGCUGACUAAAGGAGUUGCUGGAAUUGGAAAAACAGUCUCUGUGCAGAAGUUCAUUCUGGACUGGGCUGAAGGAAAAGCAAAUCAGGACGUCACCUUCAUGUUUCCACUUCCCUUUCGAGAGCUGAAUCUGAUGAAGCAGAGAAAUCUCAGUCUGAUCGAGCUUCUUUAUCACUUUUUCCCAGAAAUGAGAAAACUAGAAUUACUAGACUCCUGCACAGUGGUGUUGAUCUUUGAUGGUCUGGAUGAGUGUCGACUUCCUCUAAAUUUCCAGAAGAAUGAGAGAUUGUGUGAUGUGACAGAGUCAGCCUCGGUGGAUGUGCUGCUGACAAACCUCAUCAAGGGGAAUCUGCUUCCCUCUGCUCUCCUCUGGAUAACCUCUCGACCAGGAGCAGCCAAUCAGAUCCCUCCUGGGUGUGUAGACCAAGUAACAGAGGUACGAGGCUUCAGUGAUCCUCAGAAAGAGGAGUACUUCAGGAAGAGGAUCAGUGAUCAGAGCCUGGCCAAUAAAAUCAUCACACGCAUGAAGUCUUCAAGAAGCCUCUACAUCAUGUGCCACAUCCCAGUCUUCUGCUGGAUCUCAGCCACUGUUCUAGAGAGAAUGUUGGGUGAAGCAGAGAGUGGAGAGGUCCCCAAGACUCUGACUCAAAUGUUCACACACUUCCUGAUCUUUCAGAUCAAACACAAGGACCAAAAGUACCAUCAGAAAUGUGACCCUGAUCCUCAGCAGACCAGAGAGAGUAUCCUGGCACUGGGGAAACUGGCUUUCCAACAGCUGGAGAAAGGAAACCUGAUCUUCUAUGAGGAAGACCUGAGAGAGUGUGGCAUUGAUGUUGGAGAAGUUGCAGUGUACUCAGGAGUGUGUACCCAAAUCUUCAGAGAGGAGUUUGGGCUUCACCUGGGGAAGGUGUUCAGCUUUGUACAUCUGAGUGUUCAGGAGUUUCUGGCUGCUUUAUACACAUUUCUCCGCUUUAUUUUUAGAAAGACAAAUGUGUUAGUGGAGCAACGCACUGGACUUUUACAUUUCUUCAGCAAGUCAACCAUGUCUGAUUUCCUCAGGAGUGCAGUGGACAAGGCCUUACAGAGUGAGAAUGGACACCUGGACCUGUUCCUCCGCUUCCUUCUGGGUCUCUCACUGGAGUCCAAUCAGGCUCUCUUACGAGGCUUAAUGCCCCAGACGGGAAGCAGCUCUCACAGCAAACAGGAAACAGUCGAGUACAUCAAGGAGAAGAUCAGGGAGAAUCCAUCUCCAGAGAAAUCCAUCAAUCUGUUCCACUGUCUGAAUGAACUGAAUGAUCAUUCUCUAGUGCAGGAAGUACAGACUUACCUGAAAAGAGGAGGUGACCGUCGUCUCAGGGGAACCAGACUCUCUCCUGCUCAGUGGUCAGCUCUGGUGUUUGUGUUACUGAACUCAGAUCAGGAGCUGGAUGUGUUUAAUUUGAGUAAAUAUGACCAAUCAGAGGAAUGUCUUCUGAAGCUGCUUCCAGUGGUCAAAGCCUCCAGAUAUGUGAGAGAAACACACUCACAUUUCGGUUACAUGGUAAACUUUAGCUGGAUUAUUUGUGUGUUUGAGGUCAGAGUUCUGAUAUUUCAUCAUUUCUCUUCCAGUCUGUGGAGGUGUAAUCUGACAGAGGAAAGCUGUAGAGUUCUGUCCUCAGUUCUCAGCUCAAACUCCUCCAGACUGAGAGAACUGAACCUGAGUAACAAUAACCUGCAGGAUUCAGGAGUGAAGCUGCUCUCUGCUGGACUGGAGAAUCCACACUGUACACUGGAGACACUGAGGCUGCGGGAGUGUAAUCUGACAGAGGAAAGCUGUAGAGUUCUGUCCUCAGUUCUCAGCUCAAAAUCCUCCAGACUGAGAGAACUGGACCUGAGUCACAAUAAAAUGCAGGAUUCAGGAGUGAAGCUGCUCUCUGCUGGACUGAAGAAUCCACACUGUACACUGGAGACACUGAGGCUGUGUGUGUGUAAUCUGACAGAGGAAAGCUGUAGAGUUCUGUCCUCAGUUCUCAGCCCAAAAUCCUCCAGUCUGAGAGAACUGGACCUGAGUAAUAAUAACCUGCAGGAUUCAGUAGUGAAGCUGUUCUCUUCUGGACUGGAGAAUCCACACUGUACACUGGAGACACUGAGGCUGUGGGGGUGUAAUCUGACAGAGAAAAGCUGUAGAGUUCUGUCCUCAGUUCUCAUCUCAAACUCCUCCAGACUGAGAGAACUGGACCUGAGUCAAAAUAAACUGCAGGAUUCAGGAGUGAAGCUGCUCUCUGCUGGACUGGAGAAUCCACACUGUACACUGGAGACACUGAGGUACACACACACACACACACACACACACACACACACACACACACACAGAAAGAGAGAGCAGAGUUUUAAUAAACACAGCUGCAUCCAGUUUCCAUCUGUGGUGAUUGUAAUUGUAGUGAUGUGAUAUAUUGUCAUUGUUGUGUGUGUGAGAUGGAGAGUAAAUGUUCUGUAUAUAAAGAUUUUGUGUAGUUGAUGUUUUCAGAGCUAAAACUGAGUGUGUUAAGUGUGAGAAGGGUUUUUGUGUUGCAGGAUGAUUAAAUGCAGUAUUACAGAUGAAGCUUGUGCUGCUCUGGCUUCAGCUCUUAAGUCAAACUCCUCAUCACACCUGAGAGAACUGAAUCUGAACGGUAAUAAUCCAGGAAAAUCAGGAGUGAAGCUGCUCUCUGAUCUACUGAAGGAUCCACACUGUAAACUGGAGACAUUAUAGUGAGUUACUGACUUACUGUCUCUUUACUCUACUCUACUGUAUCAUACUGAAUAAUGUGUGUGUGUGUGUGUGUGUGUGUGUGUGUGUGUGUUGGUGUUUAUGCUGAUGUUGUGUGUUUACACUGAUGCUCUUCUGUCUUUCAGCAUUAAGAACAAUAAGCUCCCCAGGACUGGUGUAUGACAGGAGUCUCACCUCAAACCUCUUCUCCAGGAUAAAGCAGUUUUGGUGAAGAGUUAGAACCCGUCCCACAUUUCCAGCAGUUUGGGAGCUGAAUCAUUAAACUUAAAGGGACAGAGCAGAUACAAAGUCAAGAACAGGCAGAAGGUCAUACACAUGAGAAAUCAUCACACGUAACGAAAUAUCUGCUGUAACACCAAAAGUAUUUGACCUCCGUUUAUCCCGAAGGCACUUGGAGACUGUGGUCAUUCACCGUAGAACCAAUUGCCCUGACUCAGUAGCAAUACUACCCCCUGGCACUUUAGUGUAUUGUAAGAAUCAUUUUCAUGGUUGCCGUAAGAUUCAGGAUGUCUGGCGCUCCACUGUGUUUGAGAUUGUGAUCUACAUUGAUGAAGUGGGAACGCUGUAUAAGAUCAGACCACAUGGAGAAGAUGGCCCUAUUAAAACUGUCCAUUAAAUUAAAUUGCAUUUGUCAAUUAAAUUGUAAUUAAAUUGUAAUUAAUUUGCGCUUUUCGGUCAUACAAUAUAUUUUGACUUAUUCUACUCCGUUUCCUUGUUUGCACUUUUAACUUUGUGGCACGUUAAAAUGUCUGGAAAGAACACGAAAACCCGUGGUAGCAUUCAGACACGACUGAGGCCAAGUGUGCGCGCCGCGAGCGAGCGUCCUUCUCCCCCCGAAUCCACAUUGCCGAGCGGUGAGACUGACUUUGCCGCACUCAGGCUUGAGUUCCUGGCUUUAUUGAGGAAGGACAUUGCCGAUAUUUUUAAAACAGGAGCUCCAGAAGAUUCUCAGGGAAGUGCUGUUUACUAUCCAGCUUGACCUGCAGGCCCUGAAAACACAGCUGGCUAGUGAUAAAGUUGCUACCAAGGCUACCAUAUCAACACUGAAAGGUACUGUUGGGGAAAUGGAGCACGCUCUCUCCGGUUGCACCGAUGCCAUAGUUCAUAUGAAGACUACUAUCGAGUCUCUCACUGUGACCGUGUCUCAAUUAGAGAAUAAAUGUGAGGAUUUGGAGUCGUGGUCAUGGCGCAAUAACGUUAGGAUAGUGGGAGUUCCAGAGGUCGCUGACACAUGUACAACUGCUGCUGUAGCGGCCUUGUUAAAAGAGGCGUUUGAUCUGGAGAAGGAGCCGGUUUUGGACCGGUCCCACCAGACCCUUCAGCCGAAGCCCAAGCCUGGUGAACGACCACGAGCUACUGUGUGCAAAUUCCACUAUCAUAGUGACUGUGUUGACAUUUUAGGUCGUGCGAGAGAGCUCCAGCGGAUUAAAGUGAGGGAUUUGACCAUCUCCGUUUUCCCUGACUACACAGCCAAGACAGCCUGGGCCCGAGCUGUAUUUAAUGAGGUUCGACGUCAACUUCGUGGUAUUGAGGGCGCUCGCUAUGGAAUACUUCAUCCAGCUCGGCUUCGCAUUACAUAUAACGGUGUUCAGAAGGACUUUAUUUCAGCGGAGGAAGCAGGAGACUAUGUUCAACUCUUGAUAUCGGGGUGAACUGCAUCACCUAUAUAGCUUCAUCUUUUUCGCUCUUCUUUUAUUUUUAUUUUUUGCACUCAGCCUUCCAGCUCUACAGAAUUCGGAUUAUUAUUGAAGAUAUUGUCAUUGCAUUACUUCACCUAGAUUUUGUGGGCUUACUCAUCUUAAAUUUACUUCUGUAUUAAUGUGGUUCUCUGUUUUGAUGCUCUGACCAGGUUAGAGUUUCUGUUUAUUUAAUUUUAUUAAUGUUAUUUCCUCGGCUUUAUGUGCUACAUUUUUAGAUUAUUUGUUACAAGUCCUUAAAAGUUAAGGACAUUAUAUUCGUUAUUGUGCGCAGACUGUUUAUCAGACUUGAAGUCGGUAGGGGCUUUUUCUCUUAGGGGAACUUUUUGUCUUGGUAAUUUUGUUGGUUAGUUCAGCUUACUCUCCAAGUUUUUUUCACAUUGUGGACAACGUUCGGUUUUUGUAGGAUACACUGCUGUCUCAUUUGUUUAUGGAGACUUUGGGUGUGGGAGUUUGGUGGAUUGUGAGAGUGAGCAGAACAUGCCAAUGCUUUGAAGGAUGUGAAUUGGAACAGAGUAAUGUUUUUUAAUUGCGAAUCUGUUUUUAGAGGAUUUAAACCUAACAUGGUGAAGAUAUUAUAUUAUAGAAUUCAGGUAAUUUUACUGAAGUUAUCUCAUACAGUGUAGCAAGUAAUAAUCUGGAAAGACCUUUGUAAUAUCACAGUCUAAAACUGGAUUUAAAGAGAAGCAACUUAGUAAAUGAAUCACAUGUAAAUGAAUCAUACGUAAAUGAAUCACUUGAAUAUGAAUCACAUGAAAAUGAAUCAUACGUAAAUGAAUCACAUGUUAAUGAAUCACAUGUUAAUGAAUGAUAUGAAAAUGAAUAAAUAAAUUAAAGACAGAAAAAAAAAAACCUGUCCAUUGCUCAGAACUUAAGCCUGUUCUUAGCUGGCAACAAUAUGCCAGGUAAACCAAUGGGUCAGGUCUACUGGCCCUUUCCAGCCCCAGGAGUGAGUAGAGCCAGAAGGACCUAGAAUUGGAGAUUAUUCACAAGUGGCCAUAGUCCAUACGAGAACGGGUGUAAGGAACUCUGAGGGUCAAGUCCACGUUGAUUCUAGUUCUCAGCCCUUAGUGCUUCACUCUAGUCCAACAGGGGUACAAAAUGAUUACUCUCUUAUGAGUAUAGGUUCAUCUUUAGCGUCUCAACCCCAGGUGACCACACGAGAGCAAGAGUUGAAUUUAGAAACUUCUCUAGAUCUUCAUAUAGCUCAGUCACUUGAUCAGUCAGGAAUGGGUUUAGUUUCUAGGACACCCUUUAGGCGUUCUACUCAUGGGACUCUCAGUGUUCACCGGGAUGGUGACCAUUAAAGGUGGGGGUGAAUUUGGCAAAGUUGGUUGGAGGCACUGUUGUGCAUGCCCACUAGAGGGUGGACUGAUUCUUUAUACACAUCACUUCCUGUCUAUAGAACCAUGUCCAGUGCUUGAAUCCUUUGCUACACUGUGAUUGUUGGUUGCUGGAAGAACAAGUUCCAAAUGUGCAUUGUAAAUGUGCCAAUGCCAUUUAUACCUACCUGGACACGCUAAUAUUUUAGGGACUUGGUAGUGUGUGGUCAUAAUUUGUCUGCAUCACAUUGAUUCUGUGUGGGUGUGAAGAUGAAAGAAAUAUCAACAAUACCAUCAAACCCAUAUGUGCUUGUUGAAUAUCCCAUUAUAGAUUUAGUCCCCCUUUGCAGUUAUAAUAACCUCCACUCUUCCAGAUAAUCUUUCCACUUUAUUUUGGAGCAUGGCCUUUGGGAUUUGUGUAUUUGAGCAUGCAUUUCACCUCCUGAAAAGGAGACUAAAGGGGGAAACCCCUCAAAACAAACAACAACUGAAAGAAGCUGUGGUAAAAGCCUGGAAAAGCAUCACAAAUGAAGAGUGCAACAAUUUGGUGAUGUCAGUGGAUCGCUGCUUUAUUAUUUAUUGCAAGGAAGGGACCAAAUAGUUUUAUUUAGUUUGAUUUCCUUGAAGACUAUCUGUUCCAAUAUUUUUGCUCACUUCAAAAAUGUUCUAAGUUGUUUAACACAUCUAGAUGUAUAUAUUAGGAAAUUAAAGC